UAAGGGAACAGCUGAAGGAGCUCACCAAGCAGUAUGAGAAGUCGGAAAAUGAUCUCAAGGCCUUGCAGAGUGUUGGGCAGAUUGUUGGUGAGGUUCUCAAACAGCUGACAGAGGAGAAAUUCAUUGUGAAGGCCACAAAUGGACCCAGAUACGUCGUUGGCUGUCGGCGCCAGUUGGACAAAAGUAAGCUGAAACCAGGGACAAGAGUUGCUCUGGAUAUGACCACUCUGACCAUCAUGAGAUAUUUGCCCAGGGAAGUGGAUCCAUUGGUUUAUAACAUGUCUCAUGAAGAUCCAGGGGAUGUUUCCUAUUCUGAGAUUGGAGGAUUGUCAGAACAGAUCAGAGAGCUGCGAGAGGUAAUAGAACUGCCUCUCACAAACCCAGAGUUAUUCCAGCGGGUGGGAAUUAUCCCUCCCAAAGGCUGUUUGCUCUAUGGACCUCCUGGUACAGGGAAAACCCUUCUGGCCAGAGCCGUUGCCAGCCAGCUGGAUUGCAACUUCCUGAAGGUGGUGUCCAGCUCCAUAGUGGACAAGUAUAUCGGGGAGAGCGCUCGGCUCAUCCGGGAGAUGUUCAACUAUGCCAGGGACCACCAGCCAUGCAUCAUCUUCAUGGAUGAGAUCGAUGCUAUUGGUGGUCGUCGUUUCUCCGAGGGCACAUCAGCUGAUAGAGAAAUUCAGAGGACUCUGAUGGAGUUGCUGAACCAGAUGGAUGGAUUUGACACUCUGCACAGAGUGAAGAUGAUCAUGGCAACUAACAGACCUGACACUCUGGAUCCUGCCCUGCUCCGGCCUGGGAGACUGGAUAGAAAGAUCCAUAUUGAUCUCCCAAAUGAACAAGCUAGAUUGGAUAUUCUGAAGAUUCAUGCAGGGCCUAUCACUAAACAUGGAGAAAUAGACUAUGAAGCAAUUGUGAAGCUUUCUGAUGGCUUCAAUGGAGCAGACCUGAGAAAUGUCUGCACUGAGGCAGGAAUGUUUGCCAUCCGUGCUGAUCAUGACUUCGUAGUUCAGGAAGACUUCAUGAAAGCUGUCAGGAAAGUGGCAGAUUCCAAGAAGCUGGAAUCCAAGCUGGACUACAAACCUGUGUAAAGUAACCAUGUGAUUGAUUGCACAUGUCAUACUGGGGUCAUGUAUAAAAAGAGAGAAAUAAUGUACCUCUUGAUUAUCAGUGUAAGGUGUUUGUGUAGCAUGGAGCUAGUCAUUUGGGAAUGCUAGUUGGCUACAGAAGUAUGUUUUCUGUACAAUUCUGGAAUACAAUAUCCAUUACAGCCCAGGCUCAGUAACAUGGGGGGAGGUGUGGUCUCCCAGCAGCCAUGAGGGGAGUUUAUAAAGGUGCCUGAAGGGAUUCACAGACAUUACAAAGUCAGUCCAGUUCUUGGCUUUUUUUAUAUCAGUAAAUGUCCUUUCCCCAAACAGUUUAUGAAUAAAAGCUGUUUAAAUCUG